AUGGCCAACUUUCCCUACUCAAUUCAACCCUACAUCGAUACCACCUUAAACAACAACUUUAUCACUUCCAUCUUCCCCACUAACGUUUUCAGAAUCCACUUGGUGUUUUCUCGGACUUCCGAUUCGCAUAACUGGCUGGAGUGUCAAUGCCUUGUUUGGCCUCGUCAAUCUUUGUUAUCCGAUCAUCUAGGUCCAACAAUCGUUUCACGAAUACUCGCUUCCACAGGACUCUCUCCUCAAGAUAUUGAAUCAAUCACAACUCUGUUUAUGAGCCUUGCAAGAGAGAUGGAAACCGACCCUAUCAAUAGGGAUGCUAGAGUUUUAACUAUCCGUGUAUUCGUUUUAGUUGCUACGACGAACUCUGAUGAUCAAAGGAUACGUGAAGACUCGUUCAUGCAAGCUGUUCCGAGGAGUAUUCCCGCCAGUAAAGAAGCUAUUCAGAAGUUGGAAAAAGUGAGGGUUGAAGAUUGUUUAGAGUUGAUGAAGGAGUGCACCGUUUGUUCCGAAGAGUUUCAGUUUGAUCUUGAGAAUUUGCGAUUACCGUGUGGACAUGUUUAUCAUAAAGAUUGCAUCGUCAAGUGGCUGGAGAUUAGUCAUAUGUGUCCUUUGUGCCGGUACCAGUUGCCGUGUUCCAAUAAUUAG